AUGGGGGCAAGUCAUUACGCCCUAAAGGCUUCAAUACAAGUGACUGCCACAGUAGCUCUCAAGCAUGUUCCGGCUGUGGUGGCAUGGAAUGAAUCCACUCUUGUGGGUGAUGUCCUAAACAUCGAUCUACUCACUGAACUUCCUAAGUUAAUGGAUAUUGAACACAAGUUCUCACAUAACCUCUUCUAUGUGUGGGUCAUGAAAACUCUACAAGUUGAAGGAUGGAAUUGGCAUAAUCUUGAUCUUUCUUAUGGAACAACAUGCAUCCUGACCUCUACAUUAACCCGAAUAAAUGAUGUUACGUUCAUGGCAGCCGACAACGACAAAGAUGUGACCGAUGGGAGGCAGGCUCCAACUACGAUGACGCCGACAAAGAUUAUUGGGGAGGUAAAAUCAACAUUAAUUGGGGAAAAUGUUUCGUAUCCUAGAAUUCCCGAACCUAAUUAUACAUUGGAGAUUCCCAAUACAUGCCAAGGUGGUGAAAUGUUAAUUCGAUGCCCCAUACCCAACGCACUAAGUGUUAACCCAAGUGAGGUUGGGCCGGCUGCCAAAAAUAUGGAAUGGGCCUACAGAAUCAAUCCAGAAACCUCCACCCCAAUUAGAAUUUCUCUGACUCAUCUGGAUUCUUUACCCAAUUUCAAUUUGGUGACUCCCUUGGAACGCGAAGGAAGAUUAUGCGCAAUCUCUCCUCCGUCAUUACACCCAGAAGAAUUUUCGACCCUCCUAUCUCAGAUUUUGUCCAGAAAACACUAA